AUGGCCGACGGCGGCGGCACCGGCGGCUCGGGCUCCUGGUGGAAUUCGCUAACGAACAGCAGGAAGAAAAACAAGGAGGCCGCCGGGGGUGCGCAGCCGCCAGCCCAGCCUGCCCCCGGGGAACCCGCGCCGCCCGUCCAGGACUGGACGAGCAGUUCCCGGGAGAAUCAGCACCCCAGUCUCCUCGGGGGCGCCGGCGAGCCCCACAAGCUAGACAAGUUGGGCGGGGAGAAAUCGGGCAACAGCCGCCGAAAUUUGAAGAUCUCGCGCUCAGGCCGCUUUAAGGAGAAGAGAAAAGUGCGUGCCACUCUGCUCCCCGAGGGAGUCAGGUCCUCGGAGGAAGCGAUCUUCCCUGGUGACCCCCACGACGACAAUCAAUAGCUCGAGAGCUCCAAGACUCUCUUCCCGUCACACCUCCUCAGCCCCCAGUUCUAACCCCGAGAAUUCUGACCCUCUAGUCUCAUCCCGCCUAAUUCAGAAUAUUCGCACCAGGCCUCCAGAUUUUAUUGUCCUGGAAACUGAAGUGACAAUUGAGUGUUCCGGUAGUUCACGACGCAAGGAUGCAUUAGAUAUUUAUUCGUGGUAAGAGAA